AUGACGACUCUGAUUGAAGAUGCUUUUGGAGGAAUCAAAGCAAAGUUACCCACACCCAUCAUCACCAGCAACAACUCGAACCCCCUGGAGCACGAGGACACGGUAGUGUUAACAUGUGAACCUGAGACUCAGAACACCACCUACAAGUGGUGGAUCAACAAUCAGAGCCUCCCUGACAGCACCAGGCUGGAACUGUCCAAGGACAACAGAACUCUCACUUUACUCCAUGUCACAAGGAAUGACACUGGACCUUAUGUGUGUGAAACCCAGAACCCAGUGAGUGCCGGCCGCAGUGACCCAUUCACCCUGAAUGUCCUCUACCCAGUGGCACAGCCCUCCAUCCAAGCCAGCAACACCAAUGUCACAGAAUAUGAGGAUACCGUGUUCCUGACCUGUCUUACAAAUGACACUGGGAUCUCCAUCUCCUGGCUCUUCAAUGGCCAGAGUCUAUUGCUCACAGAGAGGAUGAAGCUGUCCCAGGGCAACAGCACCCUCACCAUACACCCUGUCAGGAGGGAGGAUGCCGGGAAUUAUCAGUGCCAGGUCUCCAACCUGGGCUGUUCCAGCAAGAGUGACGUCCUCAGCCUGGAAGUGAAAUAUGAUUCAACACAAGGAAGUUCUUCUGGCCUCUCAGACGGUGCAAUUGCCGGCAUCGUGAUUGGAGCCGUGGCUGGGGUAGCUCUGAUAGCAGCCCUGGUGUAUUUUCUGUACAUCAGAAAUACUGGAAGGGCAAAUGACCAGCAUGAUCUCAAACAGCACAAACUUUUAAUCUCCAACCAUAGUCAGGGACAUUCUGACAACUCACCCAGCAAGAUUGACAAAGUUGCAUAUUCUUCCCUGAACUUCAAUGUCCAGGAAUCAAAGAAACCAACUUCAGCCUCUCCAUCCUUAACAGCCUCAGAAACGGUUUAUUCAGAAGUGAAAAAGAAGUGAUGCAACCAGUCCUGCUCUCUGUACAGCUGACUUAUUCCAAGCUCCUCCUCCCCAUCCCUAGGAGAUCCCUUUACCCUCAGGAAAAAUGGGAGGAGUGUCUUUCCCACCCUCCCUCCCUUAACCCCCUAAUGAGGCUCCUCCAGGCUGCCUGGUCACAGCCCCUUACUUCAGUUUUAAGAGAUGAAAAGGUACAUCCAGGAGGAGGUCUGCAGGAAACAGACCUUUGUCACUGAAAUUUGGCAAAGCAGACCUUGGGAGAGGUUGCCAGAACCUCUGCCCCUCCCCUUUUCCUGACCUAGACCGCUUUAAACUUGCCUAUU